UCCCUCUUCUGUGCUGUUGCGCGCUGCUCCUCUCAGUAUCUAGAUCUAUGUUGUAGCCUAGAACGAGCGGGCUGUGUGUGCUUCACAUUGCACGAGCAUACGGGGUGCAAAGAUUGAAUUAGAUUUUAUUAUUAUUAUUUCGCCGUGGUCACUUUCCUCGGGGCUUUUUUUCUCCUCUGUUUGGAUACCUCUGACUUAGGCAUUGGAUAUGUGCACAAAGGAUGAUGAAAACCCCUUUCCUCAUCGUAGAAGUAAAAUAAAAUAGGCUUUCGCGCACACUGGAUUUACCUCUUGCCGUUCCAUAUGAAGAAGUCAAAAAGUUGGAUAGACGUCUGUGUCCAUUUCCUGCUGUUCAUGACGCUUGGGGUACAUUCAGCUGCAACUGGAAAAGUGGUCAAUGAUAUUGACAGAAGAGUCCCUGAUUUGAGACAAAAUAUUCCAAAAGAUUACAAAAUCCCCAUCAAGUUCAUUCCCAAAGAAACGGGCGACAUGUGUUGGGCAAAGUUAAACCUUUACUACUUGGAGGAGAGCUUGAAGGAUUUAUCUGAAAAGUUUGGAAACAUUUCAUCUAAUAAGCUCAACAUACAAAUACUCAUCCAAUUCAUUGAAGAGAAGCGGAUAGGAAUCAGUAAUAUGAAUCCACAAAUGUUAGAGUUUGAGUGCCACUACAGAGUGGAUAAGUGGGAAACAGGGAAAUACUUUAACUUUGUCGAGGAGGUGUGUAACACCGCAGACAGAGAAAGACCUGAAGAGGAAUGUGAUCCACCUCCCUGUCCCACCACACCGAUACCAACAGAAGAAUCCUCUUCAGUUCAGUCCACGUCAGGCCAUGACAUGUCAUACAAUAUCGCUACUAAAGACAUAACACGCUCAUCAGCUUCUUCGCCAAGUCCCCUUCGCCAGGUGGUGGAGAAAAGCCUUUUCUCCUUACUGUUUGUCCCACUGCUGGCCCUAAUCUUCCUGCUUGUGUGGAAGGUCAGGUCAAGAAGGAACGUAGAGCAUCCUCGGUCAAAUCGUGGAGAAGAAGAAGGCUUUACAGAACCACAUCUGAUGGCACCUCAGCAGGACGGUGAAACGUCAGAAAAAAAUGCGCUGAACCUCCCCGCAGAAGUGUAAAGCUCUGCAAAUUAGAGUGCGCCAGCAAAUUUGGGCUGUGCUCUUCUCUCUCUCUUUUUUUUUUCUUUCAUCUGUUGGUGUUCAAAGGUGAAAGACAAACACGAACCUGCACAAAACAGUGAGACUGCAGAGGUUGAGAGGCCUGUUUUGACUGCGCUCCAGAUUAACGGUGGCAAACGUUGACUGCGAGUUUUGUCAGGCUCAAUCAAACCUGACGCUGUUUUUUGUUUUGUUUUGCUUUUUUUAUAAGACAAUUCAUCCCUGUGCUUUUUGAAAAGGACUAAAGAUUUUAGCCGAUAACCUUUACCCAUCCAAGCCCUAGACGCUCCCGGCUCCAAGCUAUCUCUGCAUCUUCGACCCUGUGGUUAAAACUUUGCAUAUUUAUCGACUUCUUUUUUUUCCCCUCCAGGUUGCCAUGUUUGCUUGUUUUUUUUAUUUUUUCCCUACUUCUUUUUUUUCCCGCCUUCUUUUCAGUCGUCAAAGAACAAAGACAGUGUGACUGAUGCCGGCAAUAUCUUGUUUGAACUGGGGCAUGAAUUUCUACCUCUGGUAACGCUUCAUGUUAACCACAUCCUCAACAGCUCCCCCACUUUUCUUUUCUUUUUUUUUUUUAUCCUAAAAAGUGUCUGAGGUUCUCCAAAGAAUAGCAGUGCUGAGUGUGGUUGGCCCCAAAGUUUAGUCACAGUAGUCUGGCUUGUGUAUGUUCCCAAGAAGAAGAAGAAGAAGAAGGGGGGAGUGGAAGGUAUGAUGUAUUUAUUUAUUGGUGGUUGGCACUCAGUGGCUACUCUUCCACAGAUGAAAGAUUUUGUUUAAGGGCACCUUUUACUCAUGGGUCACAUUUAAAAAGUAAAAAAAAAUAAAUCUCUGUACCAACAUAUUGUAAAGC